AUGAACAACACUUCUUUGGGCAAGGAUAACGUUGGUUCUCCAUGGAACCCUGUAUUCGUGAGUAUCUCCGUCGCUUGUUAUUCACUGAUUAUCGUCAUUUCCCUUCUCGGCAACAGCCUCGUGUGUCUGGCAAUUUGCCUGAAUAAAAGUCUUCGUUCUUCACCGGCCAUGUCUUUCAUCUUUUCGUUGGCCUUCUGUGAUCUGUUAACCGCCGCCUUCGCGAUGCCGUUUGACGCCGAAAGCCUACUCCUGAACAGCGCUUGGAAACAUGGCGAAAUUCUCUGUAUUGUGUGGACAACCACGUAUUUAUUCAGCGUUCCUACGUCGAUACUAACACUUCUGGUCCUCACAAUUGAUCGAUACAAGACCCUGAGUGAUCCGCUGAGAAGGUUUCGCAAAUCGAUUUUCUUAUCCAUCCGAUCCUCUCGUUUUGUGGUGGGAUUCCUGUGGUGCUACUCCCUGGCAUUCUGCUUACUGCCUGUCAUGGGGUGGCGACGCACGCCUCAUUACGUAGUUGGAGGUUACUGCAAUUUUAACAUCACCGUUACCUAUUCAGUUGUGACCAACAUCCUUCACUUCAUACUACCAUUGCUGAUCAUCGGCGUUAUUUAUUUUAAGAUUUAUAACAUCGCACAGAACGUAAAACAAUGCCACGAGUUGGGUGGGGGUACAAACUCUUUUCCAAGCCAUAUAACCCGACACCCUACCUCACGCGAUCAAAGACGCUUUAAACGAAAUCUCAGAGGAACUAAGACAAUUGCUUCGAUCGUUUGUGCGUUGUUUAUCUGCUGGCUUCCUUACAGUGUAACUAGCACUGUCUUUGGCCUUUGUAAAACGUGUUUUUUGAAAUCCCCAAGGGAACUAUCCAUUGUGCUACUGAUGCUGGGAUACCUCAACUCGGCCCUAAACCCUUUCAUCUACUCUCUCGGGAACCGGAAGUUUAAGGACACGUACCGCAUUCUCUUCCGGUCGCUCAGGAAAAUUACAAGAAAUGCACAGCGGAGGUCAAGAGCGUCUUCUAAAACAAGUGACUCAUCGAUAUCCGGAAGACAUCACGUAAGCGUCAUUGAGCAGGCUCGUAACAUAAGACUGACCUCUUUCACUGUCUCUGUUUCAAUAAAUUAG